AAGUGAUACUUUUUUUGUUGGACAACCCACAAGUGAUACACAAAUACGCAAAACAAACAACAAAAAGAGAGAGAAUAGACUCCUUUUUUCUCUAUUAACGAGAGAGAAAGAGAAAUUAUGAAUCUUACUCCGAUCUUCUUGGCUGCUUGUAUUUUUGUGUUUCUACUCCCAAACAAUCUUUCACAAGACUCAAGCUUGACCACUCCGAGGAGAAGGCCAUGGUGCCCAUCGAAAAAACAAGUGUUCAGUGGUUCAUGCUCAGAAGAUGGAGGACAACAAUGUCUAAAUGAUUUAUUAAGCACAUGGGUUCCAAGUGUAAGGCUCAGCCCAAUAUACUGCAGUUGCUCUCCUAAACCUAACAAUAAGCGUCUCUGCAAGUGUCCUAUUAUGAUUUGUCCCUAGAAAACAUAUUGUUGUUCUGAGUCAUUUUCUAUGUAAUAUAUAAUAAUGUUUCAUUUCCGAUAUGGAAACAGCCAACUGAAUACAUCAACGUUAUUACCAAUUUUGUCAAAACAAUAUGGCACCAAUACUUUCC